UUCACGUGGGGUUGUUUGAACUCUUUGCUCGGUUAUUUAUCUUCUCUGGCACACCAAGCUUUCUUUGUGAUGCAAACCAGCAGCAGACGCAAAGGGAACUUUGAGUCAGGCCUGACGUGGCUGGCAGGACCCUGGACCAGAAGCAAGGCAUUCUGGGAAACCUCUGCUGCUCUUAUCGAAGGGGCUUUGCAGAGAGACCGCUUCCCAGGGAGAAAGGAGAAGGGCGCAUUAUCCCUCAGCCGUGCUUCGAUGCUGGGGGGGCUUGCAAGAAAAUCGCCUGAGAGAAGAAUGGGCCUAGCUGAGUCUCUGCAGAGUACCUCUGGGCUACCACAGAGUAGCCAGUUGCCUCAGUUUCCCUCACACGCCGGGCGCCUGGGCUGAGCAGACGGACCCCUCUCCUCCCGAUCACAGGCCUCUUCUCAGACAUGGUUUGAAUGUGGUUCAUCUCACUCGUGUUUGGAGACAGCAGAAAGCAGGAGCAGCUGCUGCAGCAAUGAAGAAGAUGUUCUCCUGUUCCAGCAAUCAAGUGGCGGUAGAGAGCUGGAACAAGCAUGACCAGAAGCUUUUUGACGCUGUUGAGAAAGGCGAUGUGGGGCGCGUAUCUGUCCUCGCUUCCAAGAAGACAGCCAAAGCCACCAAACUGAAUGCCCUGGGGCAAUCUGCAUUCCACCUGGCGGCCUCCAAGGGGCUCACGGAAUGCCUCACCAUCCUGCUCUCUCAUGGGGCUGAUGUUAAUGAUAAGAAUGACGAUGGCAGCACAGCCCUGCAUUUGUCCACCAUCGCUUGCCAGCCUCAGUGCGUGAAGGUCCUUCUUCAGCAUGGAGCCAAUGAAGACUGUGUAGAUGGGGAGAACCGAACGCCACUACAUUGGGCGGCCAUCUCCGGGUGUGCUUCCAGCGUGCUGCUCCUGUGUGAUCAAGAGGCCUUCCUGGACGUCAUGGAUAAUAAUGGACGGACGCCUUUGAUGAUCGCUGCCCAGGGGAACCAGCCUGCUAUCUGCUCCCAGUUGCUGCAGAGAGGGGCCAAGGUUGACCUCAUUGAUAAAGAUGGAAAGACGGCUCUCAUCCUUGCUUGUGAAAGUGGAAGCACCGAGUCAGCUGAGCUGCUUCUGCAGAAUGAGGCCAAUGUGACGCUUCUUGACAAGACAGGCCACGACUCCCUCUACUACGCCACGCAGGCCAAGAAUCGCAAACUGAGGCGGCUGGUCCGGACUGCCCUGAAGAAGUGGAAGAAAAAAGAACUAGGAUGCGAUUAUUCAUCAGAGACUGGUUCACAGGUUCCAUCUGAGAGCGGGAGAGAGACUGAUGUGAGUAGCCUGAACCUCCAGAGCGAAGUCGGGGACCAAAGCGAUGAUGAAGAAGAGGAGGGUCCUGAGUUGAAGGAGUGGAGGAGCAGGUACCGAGACGAGAAGAUGAAAGUAAUUCAGCUGGAACUGCAGUUGGACCAGAAAAGGAAAGAAUGCGACACCCUUUUGGAAGGGUGCAAAGUGACAAAGGAGAGGGUCUGGGACCAGGUGCAGGAGAUCAACCAGCUCCUUCCUGAGGGGGGCGGAGGGAGCCAGGGCUGUGAGGAGCUGAGCCAACGCUACAGCCGCGAUGCCACGGAAGAGGAUUAUUACCUUAACCUCUUGGCCGCCCAAGUACAAGAGCUGAAGAAGAGGAGGAAGCAGCAGCAGGAGGAGGAGAAGCUUCAGAAAGAGCAAGCCAAAAUGGCGGCCACGCAAGAAGCAGGAAAAGAGGAGCCAAAGGCCCCUGUGGCCCAGGAAGAGAAAGUCCUGUGGCCUGGCGAGGAGGAGGCCGAAGAAGGGAAACGCCGCGACGAGGAGCUAAAGCGCCUCCGGGACGAAGUUGCGGCAGCCCUCGAAGAAAAAGAGAGUGCCGCGAGGAGGGUGCAGGAGAUGGAGGGCCACAUGGAGAACAUGAGGGCUGUGAUCAGCGUCUACGAGGCAAAGAAGAAGGCCCAGAGCGGGACGCUGAAGGAGAUGGAGGCCCGUACGCUAGAGCUGGAGGGUGAGAACCAGCAGUUGCGUGGGCUGCUGGCGAAGCACCUGGGAGAGUGUGAGAAGGUGGGGAAGCAAGAGAUUGGGCUCCCCCCUGGGGAGAAGCUGUCCCUGUUCCUCACAGAGAUGGAGGAAGAAUAUGCCAGAGUGCAGAGGGAGAACGCUGAGGUGGCUUUCGAGAAUGAGGCCCUGAAGUGGGAGGCAGAGGAGGCCCUCAGGAGCAAGCUGCAGUACCAAGCCGUGCCAUCGGGGGUGGUCAAGAGGAGCGUGUCCGCCUGGAAGAAGAUUGUGGUGGGUCUGGAAGGAGCCCUGGCUAAGUUGGAGCAGGUGAACUUUGCUCUCCUGGAGAAAGCCAGGCCUCUCCGGGAAGCCAUCUUGGCCUCUGGGUCGAGAGUUGUGGUCAACAGGAAUGGGUAUCACAGAGAAGAAGAGAAUGGUAUCAUGGAGGAUGAGGAGAAGCUGCCCGCGGAUGAUGCCAAAGCCCCUGAGGAACUGGGAAAAGCCGAGAAAGGCAAGAGCCAGCUCCCUGAGGGCUCUUCCGGGCAGGUCAAGCUCAGGCCGAAGCCUGAGGUGGCAGAAAACAAGGCCCGCCCCUGCCGGAAGAGCUCCGACCUGGAGAAGGAGGUGUGGGACCUCAAGCAGAACAACGGCAGCCUCGUGAAGGAGCUGGCAGAGCUGAGCAGGGAGAGGGAGAAGCUCCAGGAGCAGCUGAGGGGUUUGUGCUCUCCAAAAGAUGGACCCGCCGAGGUAGAGGCACCAGGGAGCUUGGUGGAAGAGCUGAAGCAGACGGUGGAUUCUCUGAACCAGCAGCUCUCGGCCGAGAGCGAGGAAUCGAGGAAGCUGCGCCUGAGACUGGAGGCCCAGAGGAAGGAGAUGGUAUCUGUGAGGGACACCUUCCUGAGGCAAAUGUCCAAAGAGGCUGGCCACUUGAGGCCAGAGAAUUUCGACAGCUGCAUCUUGAAGGAGCUGCACUGGAAGCUGGACAACGUGGUGAAGAAGCAGAACGAGGCCUUGCAGCUGGUGUCCGAGAUGGAGGAGGAGAGCCAUGCCCUCGAGGUGGACCGCAGCCUCCUUGCCAACCACAACGGCCUUGACUCGUCCGUGGCGGAGGACAAGGCCUGGCGGGAAGGCUCCUCCGAGGCCUCAGAUGCCAUCGGAGACAACUUGAAGGUCAGGCAGCGGAUGAGCGAGCUGGAGGAAGGCCUGCAAGAGCUGAAAGGGGUGUUAGAAGCCGUCCAGGUCUCCCUGGGAGGAAAAUGCAAGGAGGCCGCCCGGCUGAAGGAGGUGCUUGAUCGCCUCGUCACCAAGAUGGCCGAACUGCGCCAGGAGGAAGAGGAGGCCCUCAGGAAGCAUGAGAAAGUCCGUGGCAUGCUGUCCGUCAGAGCGCAAGCCCUGGGAGAGGAGCUGGCUGCCCUUCGGGAGAAAUACGAGGAAGAGAGCGGGGAGUGCUCCUGCCUCAAGGAAGACCUUGCUUCCGAAAGGCAGAAGAACGAGGAGCUCAUCGCUGAGGCUGUUGAGCAUGAGGAGGAGGUGGAGGAGCUGAGAGGGAAGUCCCAGAUGAUGGAAAGCGCGAUGGAGAAGAUGAAUAGGAAGAUGGAAGAGCUGGCCAGGACCUGCCAGGACAGAGAAGGGAAGAUCAGGAAGUUGCUGAAGGAAACGGAGAAGCUUUCAAGCGAAGUUCUUAAUCUGCGCAGCGAACGUGCCCGACUCCAGCUGCAGAAUGAAGUUGUCCAGAAGAACCACCAAGAGAUUGUGGCCAUCUACAGAACGCAUCUGCUCAACGCAGCCCAAGGUUUCAUGGAUGAGGAAGUCCAUGCGAUGCUGCUGCGGAUCCUGCGGACAAACGACGGUUGACUGGCAAAUUUCCAGGCCUCCCACUUUCCCUUCAUGUUUUCUAUUCCAUGGCAGAGGCAAAUACCAGGAGGGCAAGAAGAAUCCUGGCCUAUGGUUCCUGCACCUUUCUAGCAUCAAGACACCCGUCCACACACACACACACACACACACACACCACUUCCCAGAGGUCAGCUUUGAUUUCCGGAGUUGUCCGGAGUGGCAAAUCUAUGCGGAAGGGAGCAAAGAUUCCAUACCGUGAUGCCCACCCGUGUGCUGUACUGGGAUUUAUUUUUGUAAAAUAGUAUUAUAUCUUCCUCUUUCUCCCCCCACCACCCCCCCCUGACACUUUUCUUUUUAAAUUAUUAUUGUAGAAUGGGGAAUAUGGGCUGGGCUGGGGAACAGAAAGAAGAGUGAGCAAUGGGGGUAAAAGAGAAACUAUAAGGGAAGUGAAUCAAUAUCCCCAUCUUGAAACUGGCUUAUUCCAGGGCGAUGGGCCUUAGCCCCAAGGCAUUUUGAUGUCAGAGAUAGCGAGAUGCCCCCUGCAGCUACACAGUUGACAGUGGGGUUUUCCCUCCCUGGGGUCAAGACCCAACAUACAUGGCCAGAUUAAGACCUUUAGAGGCCGCAAGUAAUGAACAGAGCAUGGUGCCCUCUCCCACAUAUUAUUUAAAAUAAAAACCAUGCUAUAAACCAUAAAAAGAAGAUGUUAUUUUUUUAUUUUAAAAAAUCGAUCAAUAUUAGUAGGACAUCCCCUGACUCUAGGUAGGGAUAAGAAACAAAAAGAGAGCAGAGAAAUUGGGGAAGACAAGUGGAGAGUGGAGGUUAAGGUCACCCAGAGUGUGGAUUUGAACUCAGGUCCUAGUAGUGCGGCACUGUAACCUGUGCUAGGCAGGAUAACCUGUGCCUGGAGUCUCUGGCAGAGUGAACAUGAGAGGAGCCUUUAGCUGGCUCAGGCCAAGGGCCCAUCUAGUCCAGCAUCCUGUUCUCACAGUGGCUGGCACCAGAUGCCUGUGGGAAGCCUGUAAGCUGGAUUUGAGCACAA